AUGAGGUUCGAGGAGAUCUUGGACGAGAUCGGCGGCUUUUCCACCUUCCAGUUCCUGCUCCUGACCAUCCUCUGCCUGCCCCGGGCCAUCCUGGCCCUCCACUUCCUGCUGCACAACUUCAUCUCCGACGUCCCGCCGCACCGCUGCUCCCUCGGGAGCCCGGGGGAAGGGGAAGGGGACGGGGACGGGGGGGGAGGCUGGGGGCUCGACCCGGAGACGCUGGGCCUCAGGAUCCCGCAAGACAAGGACGGUUCCUUCAGCUCCUGCAGGAUCUACGAUUCCAGCAACCAGAGCCAAGCAAACAGGAGCAUAGUCUGUCCCAAUGGAUGGGUCUACGACCAAUCACAGUUCAGCUCCACAACUGCCUCGGAGUGGGACCUGGUGUGUGGCGACAAACAUCUGAAUCAAGCUCUGGCCACCUACUUCUUCCUCGGGGUCACGUUUGGAGCCAUCGUGUUUGGACAGCUCUCUGACAAGUUUGGUCGGAAGUCGAUGCUCCUGGUGGCUUUGGUUGCCACCACCGUGCUGGGAGCCGCCUCCGCCUUCUCCACCUCCUACGUCAUGUUUGCCGUGUCCAGAACGCUGUGCGGAAUGGCCCUCAGUGGGCUGUCCAUCAUCGGGGUGGUGCUGGGUAUCGAGUGGACGGACAUAAAGCACCGGACCUUCACUGGUACGAUCAUGAGCUUGUCGUGGAGCGUGGGAAACAUGCUUCUGGCCCUGCUGGCCUACUUCAUCCGAGACUGGAGGCACCUGACGCUGGCCGUGACGGCGCCCUGCAUUAUUUCCAUCAUUUCCUGGUGGUGGCUGCCAGAAUCAGCCCGAUGGUUGCUGGUCAACGGCAAAACCGAGAAAGCCAAGAAGUAUCUGGUUGAAUGCGCUAAAAUAAAUAGAAAGGAUGAAAACACGCCCAAACUGGACACUGAGGUUCUGAGGAAGGUAACGGUGUCUGAAGUUGCGGAAAAGAACCACACCUACCUGGAUCUGGUCAAAACCCCUCAGCUCAGGAAGAUCACCCUCUGUUCUGGAUUGUUCUGGUUCGCCGUCGCCUUUCUAUACUACGGGAUCAGUUUCAAAAUCUCCGGGUUCGGGGUCAGCAUCUACCUCACUCAGUUCAUCUACGGUGCCAUCGAAGCCCCGGCCAAAAUCCUCACCUUCUUUGUCCUGGACUGCACAGGGCGACGGAACGGUCAGGCGUGGUUUCUGAUCACGACCGGAGCUCUGAUUGGGAUCAACACGGCCAUACCUUUAGAGUUCUCUGUGCUUCGUACUUGCAUUGCCGUGGUGGCUAAGGGCUUCUCUGAGGCAGCGUUCACCACUGCCUUCCUCUACUCUUCGGAACUCUUCCCAACCAUUCUCAGGCAGUGUGGAAUAGGCUACACGUCGUGCCUCUGUCGAAUCGGAAGUUCCCUGGCUCCCAUGGUCAUGCUGCUGGAGGAUGUGUGGCUCCCUCUGCCCCCCGUCAUCUUCGCCGGGACCGGGAUCGUCAGCGGCUGUUUCGUUUUCCUGCUCCCGGAAACGCUCAACGUCCGACUGCCUGAAAACAUCUUGGAUGUGGAGGAAGGAAGACACUUGCAGGCUGAUGGAGAUGGAGAAGCCCAGAUUGAGCUAAAGCAAGUGGGGUCCAAAGAUCCAACAGCAUCACAGGAAAACUGCUCUGGUGACCCAACAGCUGAGAAGAAAAAUUCUGCCUGAUGGUCCUGGACAGUUUGUGGGGCAAAUCCAAAAUAGGUUGGAUUUCCCUUAUCCUAACACCCCACUUAAGGAUGUUGUUUUACUGUUUGAAAUUUGACACUACAUUACAAACAAGCAGCUAUUUGCAUCUCAUACAAAUCUGUAAAGAGGAUAGUUUGUAAUUACAUACUUAUCUACAAUAGCACUUAAGUUAUCUGUGCCAAUUCAUCCUCGUCCAUUUAACACAUUUUAAAACAGCAUGUAUGGAUAAAAUUGUCCUUUCAUUCAUCAUUUGAAAAUGUGAACUCACUUUUAGUUCACAACACCGAGCUGACUGCAAAAUAUUUCAUAACAUUGUGUAAUUGUUCCCGGAACCUCUUGCUGAGAUCAAUUAAUUGCCAAUAUGACAUGUCUUAGCCUUUUGAAACAUUUGGAUAUUUUUUUUUCAUAAAGUGUGACUUUUUAAAAAGGUUUUCUUUCUGUUCUUGAACAAUAAAGCAGUAUGAUCUCUACCUGAAACGUCCUCUUUAUUGCUAAACAUUCAUUUUGUAGUGAAUUAAACAGAAUGUAAGACUUCUUUACACUGAAAUGAAUGAUGUGUGAUAUUAUAUUAUAUUAUAAUGUCAAUAUAUUAUUGACAUUGAUUUGUGUUUCUCUCUCUCUCAGCAGGCGUCUCUGGCCUGGUGUUAUGGUCGUUGGUUGUCCCCUCUUUCCUGUCCUCUCAACCUCCAGCCAGUCCAGGAAUAUGGCCGCCCUUAGAAGGGAGUUUUUCUUUAUUUACACAGUUGUCUCGUGCAGGAUACGAAUCGAGGAUUGGAUCACAACUAGUUCUGGAUGAAAAAAAAACUCUAAUGGCUCUGACUAAAUUGGACUCAUUUCUAUUUUAUUUGAUAAUAAUUGUGUAAGAAUCAAUUGAAUUGUAACUGUCUUAAACUGAAUUGUAUUGUACCUCAGGUUAACGUUUGUUAUGAUUCAGUACUAGAUGAAAUUGAAGUGAAUCGACCUCUUUAUGAUUUUAUAUCAAUAUGUAGUAUAUCGACUCAUAAUAUGUUCGACAAUCUAUUAAAGUUAAUAUCCUAGAACACUCCUUUUAUCAUUUUUUCUGAACUGCGGACUAAGCAACGACAUCUUCUCCCGGUUUAGCUGCUGAAGUAUCUCC